AUGAAUUUGAUAAAGAACAAGAAAAAUGUGAUGAAAAUAAAAUUAGAAAAUGAAGUUAAAAACUACCAAACGAAUCCAAUAACAGCAGUUGAACGUGAUUAUGGUCAAAAUGUAAAUUCUGAUGAAGACGAACCAGUCGAACCACCGACCAAAAAAAUACGAUCUCUUAUGGCUAAUAGUGAUGAAGAGAACGAAGAUGAAGAUGAACUUCAUAAGUAUAAAAGCAUGACAGCUAAAAUAAGUCAUAAUCAAGAUCCAUUAUUAUGGUGGAAAUACAAUGAGAGAAUAUAUCCUGCAGUUUCACAGAUGGCAAACAAAUAUUUAAGUGAAGUAGCAACAAGUGUUCCGUGCGAACGAUUGUUUAGUGAAGCUGGUCAAAUCAUUACUAAAAGAAGAAAUCGGUUAUCACCGGACAGAGUCAAUCAAUUACUUUUUUUGAAUUCAUAUUUGAAAGAAAAAGAUGAACCAAAUAAGGAUAAUGUAAUGGAAGCAAUUAUUCAAAAUUUGGAGGAAGCAGUGAAUAAUGAAUAA